GUUCUAUAACUUCAAUUCAAUUUGUUUGGUUGACGUUUCUUUCAUCCGUCGUAGAAUUUGCCACUCGCAUUAAGCGAGAUAUAGCAAUUUUAUUGCGUUUUUCUACAAGUGCAUCAAAAUGACUUCUGUUGCAAGGGCGGGGCAUCUAGCUCCUUAUUUCAAAGCAUCUACUACGGUAGUCGGCAAUGGCUUAAAGCCAGCCGUGGUGGUCGCAACGCCAGUCGACAAGUUGGUGACCCAACCCCUGCCUAAAACUACUACUGUGCAGACUUUGUACGGAGCCCUGCCUAUUCAGGGUCUGAGACCUACUUCUAAGAGUUCAGGCACUUUUCAACCUGCCCAGGUCCGGUUUGCGCACACGGAUAUUUCAUACCCUGAUUUUACCCCCUACCGCCGUAAGGAGGUCCAGGACCCUACUGUUAGAAGCAACGAGAGUGCUGAUCAACGCCAUUCAUUUACAUACCUAAUUGCUGGAGCUGGUGGUGUCGCUGGUGCCUAUGCUGCUAAAUCUGUUGUCACCCAGUUCGUGUCAUCCAUGUCAGCUGCUGCCGAUGUCUUGGCCUUGGCUAAAAUUGAAAUCAAGAUGUCCGAUAUUCCUGAGGGUAAAUCGAUGACAUUCAAGUGGAGAGGCAAACCUCUGUUUGUCCGCCAUAGAACCGAUAACGAAAUCUCGACCGAGAAGGCGGUCCCAGUUGAUUCCCUGCGCGACCCCGAGAGUGACGACCAGCGCACACAAGACCCCAAAUGGCUUGUCGUCAUCGGAGUAUGCACCCACCUUGGUUGCGUACCCAUCGCCAACGCAGGUGACUUCGGAGGAUACUAUUGCCCAUGCCACGGAUCCCAUUACGACGCCUCUGGCCGCAUCCGCAAAGGACCCGCUCCCCUCAAUCUAGAAGUGCCCCCGCACAGCUUCGGAGAGGGCGUACUCGUCGUAGGUUAAAACGAACGACCGUAUUUAUUACCACUGGCAACACUAAUCCGAAACGUCAAAUCAGUUUGGCAUUAGUGUGGCCAGAUUAGAAAAUUUAUUUAUCGUUAAGGAUAACCAUCCUAUUGUUCAUCAAUAGAAUCAAUAAAUGUGAUUUAAAUUAGAA